GGCAUCAAUUUCACGUGUCUGAAGUGUCUGAAUUUGUGUGAGUGUUUUAAGUGCGGUUAACAGAAAGAUUGGAGGAUAUACUGUAAUAUAAAGUUCCUUAUUGAGAACUGCUAUGGAUAGGCAUAUAAAACAGAAGAAAAGGAAAGUGCUCAAACGAAAGAUGCGUCCCAGUGAUUCAGCGAUCGAAAAAGUUGCAAGGGCUAAAAAGGUGAAAGGAAAAAAGGAAAUUCGAGCAUUCAAUGUAUCUGAGGGAGAAUCGAAGACGCAAGGCUGCAGUGUCUCAGAGGAAGAAUCGAUUCCCCAAGAUACUGAUACUGUACUGCCAAAUGAUGAUGGCUUGGAGGCUCCUGUAGCGAAGAAGAAGAAAAAUUCAUAUGAAAGCGUCAGCUUACCAGAAGAUGUUUCAGUUCCAGAUAGUACAGAGUUUCAGUCCCUGAAAGAAUUUGUGAGUGAGAAGACACUUAAUGCAAUUACUGACAUGGGCUUCACAAACAUGAUGGAAAUCCAGCACAAAAGUAUUGUACCACUGCUUAAGGGAAGGGAUUUACUAGGAGCUGCUAGAACUGGCAGUGGAAAAACUCUGGCAUUUCUCAUCCCAGCAGUGGAACUGUUAUACAAGCUGAGCUUUAAGCCAAGAAAUGGUACUGGAGUGAUAAUAAUCUCACCAACAAGAGAGCUGUCUCUUCAGACCUAUGGUGUGGCCUGGGACUUGCUCAAAUACCACAAUCACACAUUUGGGAUUGUUAUGGGUGGAGCCAAUCGCAAGGGUGAAGCAGAUCGCCUACAGAAGGGUGUCAAUUUACUCAUAGCAACCCCUGGAAGGCUUCUGGAUCACUUACAAAAUACGCAAGGUUUUAUUUUCAAGAAUCUCCAGUGUCUGAUCAUAGAUGAAGCUGACAGAAUCCUGGAAAUUGGCUUUGAAGAAGAAAUGAAACAAAUUGUCCGACUUUUACCGGUUCGCAGGCAGACUGUUUUGUUUUCAGCCACUCAGACCAGAAAUGUGGAGGAUCUUGCCCGUGUUUCUCUGAAGAAGUCUCCCCUCUAUGUGGGCGUUGAUGAUCACAGGGAGACUUCAACUGUUGAGGGCCUUGAACAGGGAUACAUUGUGGUUCCUUCAGAGAAGCGUUUCCUGGUGUUGUUCACUUUCCUCAAGAAGAACAGAAAUAAGAAAGUUAUGGUGUUUUUUUCAUCCUGCAACUCUGUCAAGUACCACUAUGAACUGCUGAACUACAUUGAUCUGCCAGUGGCUCAUAUCCAUGGAAAGCAAAAGCAACAAAAACGUACCACAACGUUUUUUGAGUUUUGCAAUGCUACAUCUGGAACUUUGCUGUGUACUGAUGUGGCAGCUCGGGGCCUGGAUAUACCGGAAGUGGACUGGAUUGUUCAGUUUGACCCCCCAGAUGACCCUAAGGAGUACAUUCACAGAGUGGGAAGAACAGCUCGUGGAAAUCAGGGGCGUGGUCAUGCCUUACUUCUCUUAUUACCUGAGGAGCUUGCAUUUCUACGAUAUCUCAAGCAGGCCAAGGUUCCUCUCAAUGAAUAUGACUUUUCAGCAUCUAAAAUAUACAACAUUCAAUCCCAGUUGGAAAAACUGAUAGAAAAGAACUACUACCUCCAUAAAUCGGCUCGAGAAGCCUACAGAUCGUAUUUACAGGCGUACGCCUCGCAUCAACACAAGAGUAUCUUUAACGUGAACGCUCUCGACCUUCAAAGAGUAGCUCCUGCCUUUGGCUUUGUGGUCCCUCCGCGAGUGAAUCUAAAUGUCCACAGCAGUAAAGGAGAGAGAAUUCAGAGACGUGGUGGCGGAGGAGGGUAUGGUACGGGAUAUAAAAGCUCGAAGUUACAACAGAAAGCCAAGAUAUUUAAAAGAAAGACCGGCGAUUCGAGACAAUUCACCAGAUAAAAAUGGAAAGUUUACGGCUUUGACUGCUGAAUAAAGUAUACAUCUGAGCAUGUCCCUGCUUCUUAUAGGAAACAUACAUUUGUGCGCUGAGUAUACUGCUGAGUGUAUUCAAUAAGCAAAUUAUUUAUUUGAGAAAUCAGAAUGGAAGAGAACUGAAAGACUGGUUUAAAUUUUGAAUCGUUUUGUACGUCAUGCAAAACUACAUGUACCUCCAUCAAAAGAAAAAACAAAACAUCUGUUUCGUAAGAUAGGAAAACAAAACAAAAUAAAACGAGUUGAUCGACGAGGAUAGUGAGAAAGAUUAUGAAUGGAAACGAUUUUACGGUGAUAGCAAAUAAAAACUUUUUUUUAAAGAUCAACAAA